GGAGGGCUAAAUGUGAAUCGGAAAAGCUUCGUCGUCGCCCAUUUCUCCGACCCUCCCUAUUCAAGUCGGCCCACCUCCAGCGGAGCCCUCGCUCUCCACCCGACCCUCGUUCGUCUCCUGUUCCUUUCGAAACCCCCCUCCUCCAUCUCCCCCAAAUUGUUAGGGCUUCUCGGGGUUUCCAACCCCAGAAACCCUAAUUUCUAACCCCGAUUCUGCCCUAAGCCUUCGAUCUCCAUGCCCUUGAUCCCUGCGUCGGCCUGAUCCAUGGAGUUCAACCAGGACCUGGGAUUCGAGCGGUACUGCCGCCUGUCGAACACCACCCACUCGGAGAUCGCUCCUUCCUUGUCCCUGCCCUCGCUCCCCGUGUGCUUUGGGUCCUUCGACCAGCAGCUCGGCCUCUCCGACGUGCCCGGAGGGUCCCGCUCCGGCGACCGCCCGGAUAUUCUCGCGCACGCGGGAACGAUCGCGGAGCUGCUUAGGAAUUGCGAUGUUGACUACUUAAAUCUCAAGGAAAACGCGAGAGUCGUUCCUGAUGACUUGGGGGACCGUUCGAGGCUCUAUCAAGAAGUCGUCAAGUAUAACCCCGAUGCCUUUAAGUGUUUCUAUCGAGUUUCUCAGGUCCUCUUCAGGAGCAGAGAAGGUCUAAUCAAACGAUAGAAAAGAAACCCUUUGGACAAGGUGUUUCCCAAGUACAAAGGGAUAAUGGGGGUGAAUGUGAUGACCGGUCAGAAAAGAACUUGAUCACUGAACCACCUUCUUUUGCUUCGUCAAGAAAACCGAAAAUAAAAAAGAAAGAAAGUGAUUCUGUUCCAUCAUCUGUGGGGCCAGAUCUUCUUGACCAUCAAGGAAUAGUUGGAAGCUUUUGUGAGAUGGCUGAAGAUUUUUGUGGGAGGGCAGAGAUACCUGAUGAUGCGGAAGGUGCAGAGGUGUCAUCUAUUCCGCUGACUGAUAUUAAAACACUACUAAAUCAGAUAAUGUCUAUACGUUCAAAGAAAGUCUUGCAGUUAAUUCCACUCAACACUCUUGUGAGACUCAUAAAUAUUUUAGAUCGUCAAAUACAGUGUGCACAAGGCCUGUCGAUUGAUGGAAAUGACAAUGCUGAUGACGAUGCUGCAAACUUGGUCCUGUGUGCUUUGGAGUCUACUCAUGCAUCACUGGGAAUUAUGGCCCAUCAAGAUAUGCCAAAGCAGCUAUAUAGAGAAGAAGUCAUUGAAAGAAUUCUUGAUUUCUCAAGACAUCAGAUCAUGGAAAUCAUCGCAGCAUGUAAUCCAUUGCACAGUCUUCCCAAACCAAGUGAAAAUGCUCCUUUUGAUGGUGAUGAGGAAGAUGAUGAUGAUGUAGAUAAUACCAAUAGUUCAUUAGCCAAAAGAAGGCGCUAUAAUAGGAAUGUGAAUCUGAGGAAGUCUUCCGGAAGCAAAAUUUCAGCACCAGUGUAUGCUGUGGUUCAGAAACUUUGCUCAAUUCUAGGCUUUCUCAAGGAUCUAUUGUCUGUGGAGCGACUCUCAGAUAGUUGCAUUCUACAGUUGGUUAAGACCAGUUUUUCAACUUUCUUGGCAGAUAACAUUCAGCUCUUGCAAUUAAAGUCUAUAAAUUUAAUAUGUGGGGUGUAUUCUUCAUACACACAGCACCGGAGUUUCUUGAUAGAUGAAACCCUGCAGCUUCUUAGGAAGUUACAAUUCAACAAACGGGCUAUUAGAGCUUAUCAUCUCCCCGAUGAGGAACAAAAACAGAUUCAGAUGAUAACAGCUUUGUUGAUUCAAUUGGUGCAAUUCAGUAGCAAUCUUCCUGAAAGUUUGAAGACAGCAGCAAACUGGAAUGCAGUUUUAGAUAUAUCAUCUGAUUCAAGUAGCCCAGCUAAAUCUUAUGAAGCUGCAACUCAAACCUGUUGUCUUUUCUGGACCAGUGUUCUUCAGCGUUUGACCACUGCAAAAUCUCAAGAUGUAUCAGAGUCGAAGAUGAUCUUAGAGAAUAUUAUCAUGGAUCUGCUGACGACUUUGAAUUUACCUGAAUAUCCUGCUUCUGCUCCAAUAUUGGAGGUUCUCUGUGUCUUGCUGCUUCAAAAUGCUGGAUUGAAAUCUAAAGAUAUCUCAGCACGUUGCAUGGCUGUUGACCUUCUAGGAAUGAUUGCAGCAAGGCUGAAACGUGAUGCUGUGACUUGCAGCAGGGAUAGGUUCUGGAUCCUACAAGAUCUGGUCGAUGCAAAUGAUGAUGUUUCCGUUGGCACGAAAGAUGCAUGCUCUGUUUGUCUUAAAAGAAGAGGUGCCAACAUCAUCUGUCAUCUCUGCAAGAGAUGCUUUCAUCCUGAUUGCUUGGGAAUUUCGGGACAAGAAAUGUUGCUUCGGGACUGGUCUUGUCAUAUAUGUCUAUGCAAGAAGCAGCUAAUUACUCUGCAUUCAUACUGCAAUAUGCAGAGCAAGGAUAAUGCUAAGAUAAGCUUAGUUUCUGCUAGCACCACUUCUGGAGAUUCUGACUGUGUCACUAAAUUGGAAGUUGUUCAACAAAUUCUUUUGAACCAUCUGCAACAAAAUGGUUCCGAAGAUGAUGUGAAUUUGUUUACUCGCUGGUUUUAUCUUUGCUUGUGGUACAAGGACGACUCUCAAUCUCAAGAAAGGGUUAUUUAUUAUCUUGCUAGACUAAAGUCAAAGGCCAUUUUGCGGGACUCUGGUAGUUCUUUAUUGUUGUCAAGAGAUGGGGCUAAGAAGAUAUGCUUGGCACUUGGGCAAAAUAAUUCUUUCUCUAGGGGAUUUGACAAAAUUCUUUCGCUGCUCUUGGCAAGCUUGAGGGAGAACUCUCCAGUUUUGCGAGCCAAGGCAUUAAGAGCAGUCAGUGCCAUAGUUGAAGCUGAUCCUGAGGUUUUAUGUGAUAAACGUGUCCAAUGUGCUGUUGAAGGAAGGUUUUGUGACUCUGCGAUCUCAGUUCGGGAAGCUGCUCUUGAACUUGUUGGCAGACAUAUUGCUUCUCAUCCUGGAGUUGGUUUGAAGUAUUUUGAAAAAGUUGCUGAACGGAUAAAGGAUACCGGAGUCAGUGUGCGCAAACGUUCCAUUAGAAUUAUCCGCGACUUGUGUAUUUCUGAAUCAAACUUCUCAGAAGCAACUCGUGCUUUUAUUGAGAUCAUUUCUCGUGUUACCGAUGAGGAAUCAAGCGUACAGGAUUUAGUAUGCAAAACAUUCUUUGAACUUUGGUUCGAGGAACCAACUGGAAGUCAGAAGCACUUGAUAGCUGAUGGUAGCUCUGUACCUAUGGAAGUAGCAAAGAAGACUGAGCAGAUUGUUGAUAUGCUGAGAAAUAUGCCUAACAGUCAUCAUCUUGUUACAGUUAUAAAGCGUAAUUUAACACUUGAUUUUCUUCCACAAUCGGCUAAAGCUACUGGGAUAAAUGCAGCUUCUUUGGCAUCUGUGCGUAAACGCUGUGAAUUGAUUUGCAAACGUUUAUUAGAAAGAAUAUUGCAGGUAGAGGAGGAGACUAGUGAUAAAGAGGAAGUUUGUGCACUCCCAUAUGUUCUUGCUUUGCAUUCAUUUUGCGUUGUGGAUCCAACACUUUGUGCUCCAUCCACCGAUCAAUCACAAUUUGUUAUAACUCUUCAGCCAUACCUUAAGAAUCAGGUUGACAACAAAUCAGUUGCUCAGCUGCUCGAAAGCAUAAUAUAUGUAGUCAAUGCUGUUCUGCCAUUGCUUCGGAAGCCACCACAGAGUGUUAUUGAGGAACUUGAACAGGACCUUAAGCACAUGAUUGUUCGCCAUUCUUUCCUGACAGUCGUUCAUGCUUGUAUCAAGUGCCUUUGUUCGCUUAGUAAAAUUGCUGGCAAAGGUUCAAGUAUUGUCGAAUAUUUGAUUCACAUUUUCUUCAAGCAUUUGCAAGGUUCAGGUUCUGAUAAUAUGCAGCUUUUGGGUCGUUCACUUUUCUGCCUUGGGCUUCUUCUAAGGUAUGGGGGAGAGCUAAUAGUUAAGACUGAUAGUCAACAUGUUCAUAUUGACAAGAGUCUCUCAUUACUGAAAAGAUAUCUUGUCAUGGACGACUUUGGCUUAAAGGUUCGAGCUUUACAGGCAUUAGGCUAUAUAUUGAUUUCUAGUCCUGAGUAUAUGUUGGAAAAAGACAUUGGGAAAAUAUUAGAGGCCUCACUGGCCUCUAGUGCUGAUUUCAGGCUUAAGACGCAAGCAUUGCAAAACCUGUAUGAAUAUCUUCUUGAUGCGGAAACCAAAAUGGGUACAGAUUGUGGCAGUAAGAAUGCAACUUCACAUGCUGAAGAUGCUGGAAACAAAGUGCCUGUAGCUGCAGGUGCAGGUGAUACUAAUAUUUGUGGAGGAAUUGUUCAGCUUUAUUGGAACAGUAUUCUUGAAAGAUGCUUGGAUGGAAAUGACCAAAUUCGUCAAACUUCUCUCAAGAUUGUGGAAAUUGUACUACGUCAAGGACUAGUCCAUCCUAUUACGUGUGUUCCAUACCUCAUUGCUCUUGAAAUUGAUCCGCUGGAUGUGAAUUCAAAAUUGGCCCAUCACUUGUUGAUGAACAUGAAUGAUAAGUAUCCUGCUUUUUUUGAAAGCCGUUUGGGUGAUGGCCUUCAGAUGUCAUUUAAAUUUGUUCAGUGCAUAGCCAGUAAUCAUAAUUUGGUCUCAGGACUUCAAAAAGGUAAAUCUGAUGGUAAUCCGAUAGCAUAUGUCCGGCCAGGUAUAUCUCGUAUAUACAGGCUUAUUCGAGGAAAUCGUAUUGCAAGGAACAAGUUCAUUCACUCAAUAGUGAGGAAAUUUGAGUCUGGUGGUGGGAAUUAUUUACCGAUUGGCUUUCUUGUAUAUUGCACAGAGAUUCUUGCAUCUCUCCCUUUCACAUGUCCUGAUGAACCCCUUUACUUGAUAUAUGAUAUAAAUCGAAUAAUACAAGUUAGGGCAGGCGCACUCGAGGCAAACAUGAAAACCUGGAGUUCUGUUUCGCAACACCGGGAUUCAUUGGAGAUGCCCAGUGAAAUUGACAAAGGUAAUGCCAAUUCUGGUUGGCCUAAUAUAUCUGAGCAUGAUUUCACAGAGAUUGCGGACAAGAUGUCAGACAGCUCACGUGGCAUUUCAACAGAAGACCUGCAGAAGUUUCAGGCUGAUUGUCAUGAGGCAAUUGCUCUGCAACUCCUAUUGAAGCUGAAAAGGCACUUGAAAAUUGUGUAUGGUCUAAAUGAUGCCAGGUGUCAGGCGUUUUCUUUAAAGGAGCUUCCAAAGCCUGGAGAGACGAUUUCUAAGCAAAACAUUCCUUUCAACAUUAGUGACACUCCAAUCAGUUUGCCUACAUCCUAUCAAGCCAUGGUUGAAAAGUAUCAGGAGUUCAAGGUAUCGUUGAGAGAAGACGCAAUAGACUAUUCUACAUAUACAGCUAGUGUCAAGAGGAAACGCCCUACUCCAAGAAGUUCGAGAGGCGGAAAAGCUGCCCAACGAAAAGGUGAGGAAGAUGAUGACGAUGUGGAUGAUGAAGACUGGACAGGUGGGCCACGCGUGCUUGAUUUCAGUGGCCAAAGGAGUAAUGGUAUGCGGAUGACCAGGCAACGGUUGCAAGUGUAACAGAUGUGUAGCUUUUCUGUACAUUACAGGAACAUCGCAGUAGGGUUGGCAGUAUUGGUACAUAGAAGUAACAAAAAGUGGGCAAGGCUUUGGUUGUAGUUAGUUAGGUGGUCUCAUUUAACUGGAGCGGCUGAUGUGUCCCGUCCCCAAGCCCCUUUGGUAUUUUCUCGUUGGGCUGCUGUUCUAAGGACCGUCAAGAAUGUGCUCCAGCUUCAAAGUAAUGAAAAAUCCAUUUUUGACCA